UGGUUCAAUUAUAAGCUUGCCGCCCUCCCCUGUAUUCUCCGAUCGACCGCCAUCUCUAGAGCCUGGACUCUCUGACUUUCUCUCUCUCUCUGGUCCUGUCAUCUACUUUCAUCGACGAAGUUGGUGUAAUGGGGAGAAAGCCUUGUUGCGAGAAGAUUGGAUUGAAGAGAGGCCCAUGGACAAUUGAGGAAGAUCACAAGCUCAUGAACUUCAUCCUGAACAAUGGCAUACGGUGCUGGCGUCUCGUCCCCAAGCUUGCAGGUCUGUUGAGAUGUGGGAAGAGCUGUAGAUUAAGAUGGAUCAAUUAUCUGAGACCAGAUCUCAAGAGAGGGGCGUUGUCGGAGAUGGAAGAGGAUCAGAUUAUCCAACUCCAUUCUCGUCUCGGUAACAGGUGGUCUAAAAUUGCAGCGCACUUUCCUGGUCGGACAGAUAAUGAAAUCAAGAACUACUGGAAUACACGAAUUAAGAAGAGAUUGAAGCUUCAGGGCUUAGACCCUGUGACCCAUAAGCCAAUUGAACAGGAGAAAGACGAAGGUUUGAAGAUUGAGCCACUGGAUACUCGUAGGUUUCAGGAGAUACCAGCAGUUCCUCAGAAGGAGUUACAAGAAAACUGUCGAUCAGAUUCAGAUGAAACAGUCGAUCUCUUGCAUGAUUAUGAGAUGCUGUGGGAGGAGUUGGACAUGGGACUAAGUUCCGAUAAUCCAGAAAUCUGCAGCCUCACAAAAUAUUACAGCCCAUCAAUUUCUUUGGAAGUCUCCUUCAACCCAUCCUGCAGCACUGGUGAAUCCUCAUCUCUGCAAGAAGACUCUGGCCAAUGUUGGAUCAACAAUGUUGAAAAUUCUGUCCCUCCCAGCUGGGAUGGGCUCCAUGACGUAGAAGAUAUCUUCCAUUUCGAAAAUCAUCAAUAAACAUCAAUUCUACUCCCACGAAUUACGUACUCUCAUCGAGAAAAGAAAAAGAAUAAAGCAUGAUGACAUAUAGUUAAAAUCUCUUACGUACUUGUGGCAAUUCGAUCGGAUUCUUGCAAUUUAAGUCCUUUUUUCAUACCCCAAACGGCGUAUUUCCAUAUUGAUCGAUCACUAUCUCCUCGUCACCUCAUUCAACUUCCACUGGUUCAUUCCACAAACUUGUAUUUAUUUCUUAUCAAGGUUUGCCUUUCUUUACGCUUCUCCUUUCUGUAAUUAUAUAUUAUUGCAUGUAUCAGAUCUAUUCAUAGAAGAGGCACCAUCAACCUCACGAAAUUUCAUGUGUUGUUGGAAAAUGAUAUUCAUUCAGUAAGUUUUACGA